ACGCCGCCCGAUGAGGCAGUAACUAUAUUAAAUUUCUGUAAUUGUAAGUAGAGUUAGGUUAUUUAAUGAAAAGUUAAAAAUUAAUGGAACUAAACACGGUAAUUUAUGGAGUAAUCUAGUCGUUGCAUAUUGUCAGUUUGACAUCGUAAAUCUAUGAAUUCUUUGGAUUUGGAAUUAAGUCUGAAGUUAACUGAACUUGAACAGAUGCUGCAAGACUUGGACUUUUACACACAUACUCAUAAUAGGUAUAUAAGUGAAUCAUUUUGUAAAGAGAAGACUAUUCCUGAUAUAAAACUGUUGAGCAACAGCCAUAUUGAAGAAUUUGAACCAUUUAAGUCCAGAUAUCAACUGAAUCAAGAAGAUGUUAGAAGUACAAGAAAAGAGAGACCAAAAGAAUCAUCAACUAGAUGCAGUACUGGUAGGAGUUUUGCAGAAUGCAAGUCUACAUGUAAACCUGUCUUUCAGUCUACUGAUGGGAAUAGUACCCUUCCUCGCUCUCUUAUGUGUCCAGUUUCUUCUGCUUUCUUGUGUUCUGAUCUAUCCUCACCUGUUUGUUCUGUGGUUUUAUCUGCACAGCCUUCUACUAAGUCUCACAGCAAUUUUAAUUCAUCUUGGAAGAAGGCAGACAACUCCAUUGUUUCAGAACAUGAUCUACAACCAUUUCCUAUUGAUAUGAUGGAACGAUUAAACCAAACAAGACCAGUUUGGUUUCUUCCCAAUAAAAGUAGAGAAAGUACCACUCACUGUCUUCGGGGUAGAAAGAAAGGGAAUUUCAUUGUGAGGAAAUCAAGCUUACUGGAUACCUAUGCUUUGACAGUUCUUCUUUCUGAAGAUUCCCGGUUUGUUGAGCAUUACCUUAUAAAUGUUCUACCUGAUAACACGGUCAAAUUAGAAGGAUCUCAAAUUACGUUUUCCAGCAUACUGUUGCUUGUUUCUCAUUAUUGUCAAUGCUGUGAUGAACUUCCAGUCAAACUUUGUUUGCCUGAUGCCUUGGCUCAAGCUACGACUUCUACUGAUUUAUCCUUACUUGCUCAUUUAGGCGAAGAAUUUUGGGAAUCUUUCUCAGCUCAAGAAUGUGUAGGGAAUCACACAAUUAGUGAGGAAAAUGCAGUUUCACAAGAGAAUAUAAACCAAACUACCUUUAAGACUUUAAGAACUCAUUGUGAGAAACUUGCACCUGAAGAUCCAAUGCUGUGUAGAAAUGUGCUUUCAGUGAAAGUACCUCCAUCUUUUUCUCAUGGUAACAUGAAAAAUAAUUAUGAAGGCAGCAGUUGCAACAACUCCUUAUCAGUUACUCAGGAAUCCAGAACAAACAUUUUUUUCACACCUGGCUUAGAGAGAGAGAAUUCAAGCAACAUUGAUUUAUCAAAUGUAGAAUUGGAAGUUAAACAUAAAAAAAUACGAGCUUCACACAGUCUACGUGAAGAUAUUAAUGAUAGCAAUGCAGUUUGUUUUCACAGUAGCUUAGAUGAUAAGGUCAGUGAUUAUGAAGACUUGGAGAAACUUGAUACUUGCAAUAGUCCUAGCCCAUCCAGCAAUGUAGACUUUGAGAACCAGAAGCAGCAAGAUUCCAUUAUUUUGGAUAUAGAGAGCCAGAGCACAGAAGAUUUUGGAAAAGAACUACUAUUUAAUUGCAAUCAAACACAUGAAACAACAAAAGUCACUUCACCCAACCUUCAGCAGGAACAACCGGCUGAAAGAGCUGUUCAUAGUGGUUCAUUCAAAAUUCAAAAUACCUCUACUGUGAUUACAGAUAUGGAAUAUGGAGACCCUAGUAGUCCGUUAUAUGCUGUUCCAGUUGAUGCAGUUAAUAAUGAACAUGUUUUAGAACGCUUGGAAACUACCCAGAAUUCAAUCAUAUCAAUGCCACAUCCAGAAAAGCUUAAACCUCAGAACUGCCUGAGAGACAGUUUCAUGAGAAAUGAAAAUGGCCUUAGUUCCAUCAGUAAAACAGUGCUUAAUGGUCCUGAAGUUUUCUCUCAGAAACAUCACUCUGAAACACAGGACCCUGGGCAAAGGUCAGAAGAACAUAUUAAUUAUUUUAAACAUUGCAAACCUAAAGAAGGAAAUGUUCAUUUUUCAUCAAACGUCAGUAAUGAAGAGUUAAAUAUACCAGAAAAACCUCACAUUUCUUUUAAGAGACUUCAGUGCCAAGAAGGAUGGGCCUCAGAUUCAUCGUGGGAAUGGUGUGAUCUUGAAGAAGUGAAGAAGGAAAAACAGUUGCAGAAUACAAAGUCCUUAUGUGUAGCAUCUGAUUUUACCAAAUAUGAAAAAUUGGAAGGAAUCAAGGAAUUAGAAGAUAAAGUGACUGUUCUUGUGGAUUAUGAUGAAAUUGCAACAUUUUCUAAACAUUGGAAUCAAGAGACAUGCGAUUCUUUCUUUCAUCCUGCACAAGGAACUUGUAUUGAAAAAUAUAACAAUGAAAAGAAAGAAACAUCAAGUUGUGAUACAUCACAUGACACAGCAUUAUUGAAUAGUGGCAGAGAAUCAAACAUUGAUGUCCAGAAUCAGGAUUUAACAAACUUUUUGGCAGAUGACUGUGUGAAAAGAAGUUGCAGUGUCCAUACUUCAGGUCAUGUAACAACUGCACCAUGGAAUAUUCAUACACCACAAGAUGAAGUUAUUAGAAACUAUAUUUUCAGCUUAGCUAAUGACAAUAGUACAUUCUUUGCCAAGAAGAUUGAUAGCUUCAUAAAAUGUACCAAGGAAAGCCAACAAGUAAAUCCAGAAGAUUACCUCAAACGUAUCAGACAGUUCAUGAGUGGCUUGAGUAACUUUCUAGUGAAGAAUGGGGAAGGAAAGUUUGUUGAACUAAUAAUGCAAGAACGAGGCAAGCUACAAGCGAACAAGUUUUUGAACAUGGAUUUGAUAAUAGAGGAAACUCUUCAUGAGCUGGUGAUCAAACCAUUGAAGGAUGAUAUAUAUUUAAUUUUAAAUCAUAAAUAUUCACGGGAUAAUUCAUUAUUUUCACUAAGGGAAGGCAUAAAAUAUGCUAAAAGUAAGACUCCUCGGGAACUUGGAAUUCGGAAGGUAUUGGAACCACCAGGCUCGGGCUGUCUUGCUGUUGUAAAGACAUAUUUUAAACAAAUGGAAAAUGAACACUCUCCUUUGAAGAAACUUGAGAACCUCUUAAGAGCAAUGUCUAUUGUGUGCAAUAGUGUGAAUGAUACUGGAAGUACCCAAAGAAAAGAGCAUACUUCUAUAGGUGCUGAUGACUUUCUUCCAAUACUUGUCUAUGUUCUUUCUCAAUGCGAGCUCACCUCAGCUGAGAUAGAAUUUAAUUACAUGUGGGGUUUGUUACACAGUUCAUGGCAUUUAGGAGAGGGUGGAUAUUACUUGAUCACUCUCAGCAGUGCUGUCCAUGCUCUGAAACAGUUAUAUCUGGAGUCUGUGAAAAUUACAAGGAAACCUGUACAUCCACUGUUCACUCCAUUGAAACAGCCUGAAGGAGAAACCCGGUUACCAAGUAUCUGUGACCUGCAGGGUUACCUGAAGGUCAUGUUUCCUGAUGAGGGCAGUGGAGACGUCCUCUAUAAGACCUUGCCUGUUCCCCCUAAUAUGACAACUAAAGAAGUUUGUAGAAUGGCAGCUUCAAAAUUUGGUGUUACUAAUGCACAAGAUUAUGGCUUGUUUAAAUUAGUUGGAGAUGUUGAAUUCAAGCUCAUAGAAUGCGAAUGCCCACAGACAGUGAAAGCUGAAGCAGUGGCCUGUGACAAAGACAUCUCUUUUAUCUACAGACGCUGUGAAGGCAAGUUUGCUUGGCCUUACUGGUGAUAGGUUGAGGAAUUUUCUGAGUGCAUCAUUUAUUACUCACCAGCUAUAUCACUAAGACAUUUGGAAAUGCUCAAAUAAUGAUUUCCAUAUUUUAUUUAUAAUUAUAAAAGUGGCACACUUGCUCUUGAGUGAACUUAUAUAAAUACCUAUGUUAUAUAUGAACACAUGAUUUUCAGUAAUACAGGUAUUAGCAUUGAAUAUCUUUCUCUCGUAUGUACUUCAGGUACAGUGUAUCUUUCUACUUAUAACUGAUUCAAACACAAUUAUUCUAAACUUGGUUAAGAUUCUGUUGUUCACUACACUAUAUUAUCAAGUUUCUAUAAGAGCCCAGUUAUGUGUUAUGAACCAGUAACUCUUCAUCUCUCUGUUUCUUGAACCUUCUAAGUAUGCAUGCUCCAUUUAAUCCUAUUAAAAUGACAUGUAAUACAAAUCAUGUAAAAACAGCAAGCUUUUUAUUGUAUCAUAAAAUUAGAAAAGAUAUAUAUAUUGAGGAUAAAACUGUUUAACAGGUCAAACAUACACGUAAUGCAGAUUGAGUGUUAAUUAUCUUUCAUUAACAUCGCCAUGAAUAAGAUAUGCAUAAAUAUUACCAUUAAUUUGAGAUAUAUCAAGUUAAAAA